AUGUAUGGUGGACCACUAGAUUCAUCACAAGUCAAACCUGAAUUACAACCUACAGUACAAAAAAUUGAACAUUCGAUAGCUCCAUCUACUCAAAUGUUUCCAACUCAAGUGACUUUUUCAGGAAAUGGAAUGAUGGGCUCAAUGUUACCACCCUUUUCAAUUCCACAGUGUACAUCCAAGAUGCCACCUAGCUUUCCGCCAAGUAUUACUUCAUACAGCAGCCCUUUGCAAGUACCUUCAAUGCAUCAAGGAGUACCUAUCAGCGCAAACACGCCAGUCAACACUCAACCAACAGUUCUAGGAACACCCAUGUCAGCUCAACUUCCUGUUUCAGGAAAUUGGGGACCAACUCCAAUGCAACAGGUUAAUCUAAUGCAAUAUGGCUACCAAGGUCAAGGAUUUCAGCCAGUAAAUCAAAACCAUUACCUCAAUCCUGGAUAUAAUGUACCUCCAGGGAAUCAGGGAUUACCUGGGAAUCAGAACACCAAUUAUGGAUAUUACCAUGGUAACCAACUUAACCAAGGCAAUCCAACUGGUAACACAGGCAAUCAGAAUGGUAACCAAGGAAAUCCAAAUGGUAACCAAGGCUAUCAAAUUGGUAAUCAAGGUAAUCAGCAUGGUAACCAAGGUAAUCAGAAUGGUAACCAAGGAAAUCAGAAUGGUAACCAAGCAAAUCAAAAUGGUAACCAAGCAAAUCCGAAUGGUAACCAGGGAAAUCAAAAUGGAUAUCAAACACCAAACAACAAUGCAAAUCGCAAUAGACGACCUGAAAGAGUUGAUGUAUUGCCGAAGACUUUACGAUACGAAGGAACUGAAAACUGGAAUGCAUUCAAACAGAAGUUCAUGCGUUAUGCGCAAGUCAAGAAUUGGACUGCAGAAGAAUCUAAAGACUAUUUAUGCUGGAGUCUAGAAGGAAAAGCGAGCGAAUUUUUCUCAAAUAUUUUACAGAGAGAUGAUGACAUUGAAUUUGAUGAUCUUCUUUAG